GCCAGUUCACUUUUGUUGGUGGGCUCGAGUGAAACGCGAAACGUGCUGAGUUUUUCGAAGCAAUUUGUGGGGCAGGCAGCAGACAAGACGCGUUCCAGGCCUUGUCAAUUCUGUUGUGCAGAGUGCUAUUAUUUUACAAAUAGCCAGCCAGUGGGGCUGGGCUCCAAUACUGCCACAGAGGCCUAGGCAAUCUCAGAUUGGGAGCAAAAGCGAAAUCAAUUACGCGCUAUUACCAGCAGUCGAGUCAGGAGGUAAUUGCGCCUCAAAGUGCGUACUGGCUGCGGGGAAAACUUCCUUUUCCCCUCAACUAAAACAAAUCCAAACGCGUUUCGUUAACCGCCGUCCGAUUAAUCGUAACGAAAACAAUACAAAUCUACACAGGCGCAUAAGCAGUGGAAGUGAAGCAAUAAAGCAGCUUUAGGCGCAGCUACUCCAGCGCAGUCCAGCAAUUAGUGCAGCUAUCAAAUCAACAAAGAAACUCCGAAUCCCAGACAAGUCGCAGAGAUGGCGUUCAUUUCGAAAGACUUCCGAUCACCUGGAGAGGCCUGGGUGAAAACCGACGAGGGCUGGGAGCGCCUAAAGGUGCUCGAGUGCGGCGGCAAACGCAAGCGGCACAACUCGGAGGGUAGCAGCUACCAGAUGCUGGCCAGCGACAGCCAGGAUGAGGAGGAGGAGGGUGCCAUCAUGCCACCGCAUUAUCACAUCACGAUCCGCUGCACGCGGGAGAUCGCCGGCUUCAACGGACUGAGCGAGGCGGUGAAGCGCCUUGACUUCCGGCGAUCGGUGCGAGAUCGCAAGCGCUUCCACUACAUCUGUGCGUUCCUGCUGCUGGUCUCCAACAAGGGCAUCGCCAGUCUGCCGGGCAGUGCGCAGCGACAGCUGCUCCAAAUGGUCGAGGAGGUGGCCUCGCAUGUCAAUGAUAGUCAGCAGCAUCCGAAUGUGCUGCGUGGGCUAGCGCUGAAGCUUGAGCAGAUUGUCAACCAGGAGAACCAGAAGUGCUGGGGCAAGCCGUUGGGCAGCACCUACCUCUGGAAGGAGCACAUGGCCACGAUCAAGCGCAUCCAGCGCGUGGCCAGCCAGAUCGAGAUACGAGAGCCCGAUCCAAAGGCCAAGCCCAAGCUGCACGAGCUGCCGGAGGAGUGCGUGCGAGAGAUUAUUUUGUGCAUCGCCGAUCAUCGGGAUCUGGAGUCGGCCGCCAAGGCCUGGGACACCAUGGCCAAGCUGGUGUCGGAGCAGCGCAUCUGGCGCGAGCUGACGCGCUUCCACUUCAAUCAGCGGCAGAUCCACACCAUCCUGGACCUGGACAAGUUCAAGCAGAUGGGCGAGAUCAAAGACUGGAAGCAGAUCUACCACCAGCUGCGACGCACGUAUGGCGUCAACGAUGACUACCAGUUCGCCGAGGUGCUGGCCCUGUGCCGCUCCUGCUGCUGCCUCUUCUGGCCCUCCGACGGACAUCCCUGCAUUGUCGACCAGAGCCCAGACUACAAGCAGCGCCUGGAGGAGGCGGGCGGACAGCUGGCUCUAGCCCAGCCCGUGCCUCCGGCACAGUUCUUAAAGUAUUUCUCAUUGUAAGCGACAUUGUAAGCGGGUUGGGUACGAGUAUAUGCGGUGCAGUUUCGGGUGCGUAUGAGCACUGACCAAGGGAGAGAGAGUAAGAGAUAGCAGGCGAUAUUUUUAUGGAGAGCAAUCGAUAGUUGUACUGGAACCCCCCAUAUGAAAGUGUUUAUGUGCGUGUUAAAGUUUUAAUCCUGGACAAAGGAGGAGGAGGAGAAGGAGCAGCGAAAAGAAAGCAGAACGUGAUACAGAAAAUCCCUAAUCUAAAACUACCUACAGCCUCGUUUCGAGACAGCUCCCCUCAACAGUCAUUAUCGUGGAGAGACAGUCCCAGUGUGAUCAGUGUUCAAUGAUCCUGUGAUCUAGGAUCGGGAAGUGCUAUAAAGUAGAACUUCUUUCUAUGACAAAUGGCCAAAUGAACUGCCACAAACACGACAGCUACAGCGAGAGCGACAGCGAUUAUAUUUUCAAAAUGGAAUGAAGCCAAGCCAAGAAGCGAGUACUAAAUAUUGAGAGACUAUUUUUUAAAUAGCAGUACGCAAG